CUGACAUCCUUCCAUUAUCGUUUGAGAGAAGGGACCUUGGCAAUGCAAAUGGAAGCAGCGGACUGAGCAGAGAGCGUAUCGUCAUCCUAGUUCACCAACCCUGGCAGCUGCCUAAGCUACACCAUGGCCGACGUGGAGCGAAACGUCCUCGAUUUCUAUCAAAUAUCCAGUCUCAAUUUUGCCCAAUGGCCGGCGGAGAAAAACAAUGACAGCGACGCAUCCGAGGAAGAGACGACUAAGAAGAAGGCGAACAGGAGGAAAUCGAGGUAUCAGGCUCUGGAAAGAGCCGUGAGCACCAGGAGCAGCAUUGUCCCGGGCUCCGAGAACUCUGGGAGCGGUGUAGGCAACCUGGUGCAGAAGGACGAACCCGAUCCUCUGGGCACGACCGACAGCGUCGUGCGUACGCUCAAACAUCUGGGUGUCCCGCUGCAGGAUGACUUGAAGCUUCGAAACCGGUUCCUCCUCUCCUCAACCACCUUCUCGCCGGCGCUGUUCCUGUCGCAAAUGCAUGCCACGGCCGACACGCAAUCCCUGAUAAACGGUCUUGAGGUGCUCUCCCAGUCCAUCGACCAAAAGUCCGCAUCUCUCAAAGUCCUUGUCGAAUCCAAUUUCGAGCGCUUCGUGCGCGCAAAGGCCACCAUCGACAAUGUCUACAAGGAAAUGAAAUAUCGUGGCGCGGAUCCCACUCCUCCACGUGCCAGGGGCCACUCUCGCCAUGCCAGCAGGAAUAGUUUUCGAUCUGGCAGCGGGCCUGUUGCCAUUGCCAGUCCGCUUUCGCCCGCGACGGACCCGCGCAAGAAGAAUGCGCUCAUAAAGGAGAGCGAAUACGGUGUCUUGGGUGUAAAGGCACCGCUGCUUGACGUGUCAGCGAAAGCCGAGGAGGUUUGGGGGCCUGCGCUAGGCGGACGGGAGAAAGAGGAACAGCUCAAAGAAGUAGCAUCCUCUCUCGAUCAGUACAAGGAAUAUGUCGAGACGAGCGUCGCAAUCGCCGAUAGCAUCAAGCGUAAGGACCACGAGACCCUAGUUGAGGAGUACACCAAAGCGAGAAGAUUUGCCGAUGAAGCCAAACAGCUCGCCCAGGAGGUUGCAUCCUCGCAGCCAACCGAGGACCAGUUGCGCCGUAUCCUCCUGGCGGCGCGCAUGUGGCAUGAUGUUGAGGAGCAGAUCCAGGUUUUCAAGCGCGACGUAUGGCGAAGGCUAAUCUCUCCUUUCAACAUGACAAAAACUGAGGCGCCGGGCCAACCCGAGGAUGAACGGCACAUGGAACUGAUCACCCUUCUGCUGGAAUUGGGUGUCGAAGAUAACCCCAUUUGGGUUUGGCUGUUGAGUCGAUACGAUUACCUGAAGAGCAAAAUCCAGUCCACAGCUGAGCGAUCCAAGGUCGAGAUUGAAAUCCUGCGUCGGCGCCUGGCGAAUGCCGAGAAGCCGAGUCCCCAGACCAUUGCAUCUCAUAUGCGCACCCUUGGUCGGCAGUCUAUGGAGACAAGGACCAAGACAUUUGAUUCUGCGGAUGUGGUUGAACUCUGGGAAAUGAAUGUUGCCUUCAUCAGCAACCUUCUUUCUCCUCAGGGCAUCUUGGGCCAGGUGCUCGAAUUCUGGCAGACUGUUCAAGGAUUCAUUGAUGGAAAGACGCAGAGGAGUCUGCCAGUCGGCUACAACGGGGAGUCCAAGGAGCAUCAUCGGCUCUCCCAACAGGGGACCGUUGAUCUCCAGAAAGGUACCGUUGAGUUGGUUAGCAUGAUCCGAGAGCAUGUUCUCAUGUUCUUUGCCGGACCCCCUCCCGAAGAUAUCUCGCUACUAUUCUCUCCAUUGCCGCUAACUCCAAGCACACCCGGUACUGCGUCAAUCUCCGGCGCUCUUACACCAAGGGAUCCUCGCUUUAACCUUGAUCCAAGCAACCCGCCUCCGCCAUCUCCAAAAAGAGGCGAGGCAUGGGAGAAGUUUGCUUUCUGGCCCCCUUGGUCGAACUCUCUCAGCGGUGUGCAUUACCUCUCCAAGAUGCUGGCCCUUGUUGGUGCCGGCGCAUCGGACAUGGCUUCCAUUUCCCCGGUUGGCCAAGGAGAUGUGGCCGAGGUGGAACGGGUGAAGACCUUAGUUGGGGUUGCUCGAGAGCGAUGCGUGACAGCGCUCUGCGCGGCCUGGAACCGGGAUGCAGAAAACAUCAAAUAUGUUGAGGACUGGAACCGUUCGCCGGACAGUAAGGACGUGACUAAGAUGCCCACUAGCUUUGCGGCAUUUGAGGGAGCGCUUCUCGGUGGGAUGCAGAAGAUCCUCUACAUUUCUGAAGCCAUGUCGAAACCGGGAGCGGGGGAUAUUGUCCUCCCUCCGCCGACAAAGUUGCUGCAGAUGGUGCGCAGCCAAUAUGUGACAACACUCUACAAGGCCCUCAGCGGAAUGGUGGAGAACGCUGAGCGGUUUCCCAAGAAGUCGGACGACGACUGGACCGUGGACACCGACGGCUAUGUGCUCGUGAAUGCACCGGCAGACGCGCGCCUUUCCGUGUCUGCGGUUGGCGGGCCCACCAUUGAUGCCACCGAUAGAAACAUCCGCAUGCUCUUGACCCUCAGCAACCUGCAAGCCCUCCGCUCGACCGUAGUCCCCAGCCUUAACACCCAGUUCGAGAACGCCUUCUCGGUCAAGCUCACCGAGGAGACCAAGACCAUCCGUGACGUCCUCGGUCAGAUCGACGCCCGCCUUUUCCAGUCGUACACGCGCCCCUCAAUCGAGAACCUCCGCCGCAUCAUCCGUGCCGGCGUCUCGGCGCCCGACUGGGUGCCGCCGCCGGGGUCCAAGCCGCGCGAGGUGCGGCCGUACGUCUACGAGGCCCUGCUCGGCCUUGUGCUGGUGCACACGCAGGUGUCGACGACGGCCGCGUCGCUGACGACGCAGGUGCUCUCGUACCUACUCGAGCAAGCUUCGCGGGAGCUGCUCGAGGCCUUCAAGACGCGGGCCCGCUACAACCUCGAGGCACUCAUGCAGGCCACGCUCGACGUCGAGUUUGUCGCCCAGACGCUGAGCCACUACACGACGGACCGCGCGUCGGAGCUGCAGAGCGCCAUCUACCAAGAGCUCGACGGCCGCACCGACAACGACGCGCGCGCCCGCCUGCAGGCCGAGCUGCCCGAGAUGCGCGCCGUGCUUAAGCGCCUGCGCGAGGCCAGCAAGACCGAGUUUGCCUGCUUCCGCAAGCCCAAGAGGGCCGCCGGCGGCGCCGGCUCUGCCGGCUCGCAGGCCGCGCUGGACAGGAGGGAUACAGUGGGCAGUGACCGGGAGAGGUGAGCGUGUGGUUGGUCCUCGGGGAGUAAAUUAUUUGUGUUGUUUUCCUGCCAAUGCAUGCAGAGAGAUCCUUCUGUCUGUACAGUUACAUGGAUACCACUUUACGUCACGCAACAGUGGUGCUGUAGUUCUUUCCCCGGGCCCCAACAAGCAGAAGAGUGACCGAUUCUGUAUUCUCGUCUAUCAAACCCGUGAAAACGCUAACAAUGGGGUAUUUCUCCCCAACAUUCCAACCGUCCGAGACACCGAUGUGACAGCUGUUUCGUUCUAUUUCCCUUAAUCCUGAGCAAGAAGCAACCAGAUGUUUCUUUUUUAGGGCCUUCCCAAUCGCUACAUUAUACCAU